GUCGUGAAGUGAACUCGUGAAGUUUGUUUCCGUCCGUUGAGAAAUAUUUGGUGAAAUAUUCGUACCAUGCAGUCAUGUAACGAUUUCUCAGUAACUUUUUACUAAUUUUAAUAGGAUGCAUUUCGAUUUACAAUUGCGUAAAGUGUGUUUACAAUAGCGGUGUUGUUCAAAGAAGUGCCUUGGAAAAGUUUUACAACGAAUUGUAAAGUUGUUCAAGUGUUGUUGUUCUGUUUUGUAACUGUUUUAUAAUGUGUGUAUAAGGUUUCUAAGUGUUUUGAUAAGAAGAGGAUUGUUACAAUUCAAAGAUAGCAUGGCGUAGUUACGGACAACGCCUUCUGCUGUCUGACGGCGUGUCGAUAUCCUUUCUAACACUGACUUGAUGCGGUGACACGAUGGACGCGGCGGACAAGCGCAUGCUGGAGCGCGAGGCGCUCCGCAACAUGAUCCAACAGUGGAACGCCAACCGGCUCGAUCUGUUCGAGCUGAGCGAGCCCAACGAGAAUUUGGAGUUCCAUGGGGUCAUGCGGUUUUAUUUUCAAGACUCAGGGCAGAAGAUAGCGACCAAGUGUAUUCGUGUUGCGUCCGACGCCACCGUCAGCGAUGUCAUAGAAACCCUGAUCGAAAAGUUCCGGCCAGACAUGCGUAUGCUGUCGCUCGGCUCGUACUCUCUGUGGGAGACGCACGGGCCCGACGACGAGCGCCGCCUCGAGCCGCACGAGAAGCCCCUCCUGGUGCAGCUGAACUGGCACGCGGACGACCGCGAGGGCCGAUUCCUGCUCAAGUGCACUACUAAUGCUGACACUUCCCUGUCGUCGGUCAACGAGAAGGGUGACCAGAACUUCAAGCGGAAACUGUCCAAGCGCGAAAAGAAGGAACUCAAGAAGAAGGAGAAACUGUCCAGGCUGAAGUCCGACUCGAACAAUGAGAACAGACCUGUCGCUGAGAAACUUUAUACAGAGCUGCCAGAGACGUCGUUCACCCGCAGCAUCAGCAACCCCGAGGCCGUGAUGCGGCGGCGCCGCCAACAGAAACUGGAGCGGAAACUACAGCAGUUCCGCUCCAAAGAUGGCGGCCCUGACACUGGCGGGACUUUGAAAAUAUACGGUUCAUCGCUAUGCCCCGACGUGCCGUACAAGACGCUGCUGCUGUCCGUCGGCGACACGGCGGCGGGCGUCGUGCGCGAGAUGCUCGACAAGUACGGGCUGUCGCGCCACGACCCGCAGCACUUCUGCAUCGUGUCUGUCGUACACACGCUGUGGCGACACGGCGCGACUCGGCGGCGGGCGUCGUGCGCGAGAUGCUCGACAAGUAACUGUCGCUACACACGCUGUGGCUGUGACCACACUGCUGCUGCCGUCGGCGACUCGGCGGCGGGCGUCGUGCGCGAGAUGCUCGACAAGUACGGGCUGUCGCGCCACGACCCGCAGCACUUCUGCAUCGUGCAGGUAACUGUCGCUACACACGCUGUGGCUGUGACCACACUGCUGCUGCCGUCGGCGACUCGGCGGCGGGCGUCGUGCGCGAGAUGCUCGACAAGUAACUGUCGCUACACACGCUGUGGCUGUGACCACACUGCUGCUGCCGUCGGCGACACGGCGGCGGGCGUCGUGCGCGAGAUGCUCGACAAGUACGGGCUGUCGCGCCACGACCCGCAGCACUUCUGCAUCGUGCAGGUGGACGCGACAGACAACUCCGAAAGUAUUCUCGAGGACGACGAGUGCCCGCUUGCCAUCGUAAUGACCCACCCGCACCGCAGCUCCAUCAUGUUCCACGUGCGGCGGCGGCCGGCGGAGUCGCAGCCGCGGCGGCGCAAGAAGAAGACCGCCGGGUGCGGCGCCGGCUGCGGCGCGGGCGGCAGCAGCGCGCGGCCCGGCUGCGAGCCCGUGCUCGUCGAGCUCGCGCCCGACGGCGCCGCGCUCGAGAACGGCCGCCGCGUGCGCAUCACCGGCGACAUGCUCGAGGUGGGGUCGGGCAACGGCACGGCGCUCCAGCUGUACGGGCCGUCGAUCCAGCCGCGGCACUGCGUGGUGGCGUCGGGCGAGGCGGGCGGCUACAUCGUCACGCCGCUGCACGCCGACGCGCACGUGUACGUCAACGGCCGCCGCGCCGUCGCGCCGCACUCGCUGCCGCUGCAGCACGGGUGUCUACUGAAAUUCGGACGAGUGUCGACGUUCCGAUUCGUGGACCCGAACCAGGAGAACCUGCUCAACCGCAACCUGUCGCAGUCGCAGCACUUCGGCUCCGGCUCCAUAUACGACAGGUCGCCAGAAGCGCGCGUGACGUCGCCGACGUCCGCGGACGCCGCGGACGACUACCGCCCCAUGAGCCCCGACCGCUACUCGCCGUACCGCGACGCCAACGACACGCUCACGCCCUACAACAACAACACGCUCAAGCUCGACAACGACUCCGUCGUCUCCCACCUCAACGACUCCAAGGAGGAUUACCUGCGCGACGACCACACGCCCUCCAUAUACGACCAGGACUCGCAGAGCAGGACCAACAACUCCCAGUAUAAGGACAACUACGAGACCACUUUCGAUCUGGAUGGGAACGUCGAGACUAAAAGCAUUUGUAGUGCGAAAAGUGGAGGCUCUGGGCACGAUAACAGGAUGAGUGCGACGGUGGGCAGCGCGGCGCGGCCCGGGCAGGAGGCCAUCCUGCCGGCCGUGCUGGAGUUCCCGGAGGCGGGGCAGGCGCAGUUCCUCGCCGCCGUCAUCACGCGCCUCGACCCGCACGCGCCCGCCUUCAAGCUGGCGCCCGUCUACACGCUCUACCUCUGCGCCAGAUACCGCGCGUCGACGCACUACCGGCCCGAGCUGACGCCCACCGAGCGCGCGCACAAGCUCACCGCCUUCCUGCACCACGUCGCCACGCUCAUACACGCCACUGUACAGGAACGAUGUACAGACUCAGCCGCGCAAGCGUUCUGGAUGGCGAACGCGAGCGAACUACUGCACUUUCUCAAGUGCGAUCGGCACAUAUCCUCCUUCUCCACGCAAGCACAGGAAUUACUGCCCGCCACCGUGCAGAACGCCUUUAGCAACCUAGUGUCAUGCUUCCAAGAGGAGCUCUCCCGAGCGUUGGGUACGCUGACGAACCCCGCGCUGACGGACGCCACCGAGGCCACGGCGCCGACGCUGCAGGCGCUCGCCGCCGCCAUGGUGCUGCUGCGCCGCUGCCGCGUCAACGCCGCGCUCACCAUCCAGCUGUUCUCCCAUCUGUUCCACUACAUCAACGCGGUCUGCUUCAACAAGCUGGUGACGGAGCCGGGCACGGUGUCGGCGCGCUGGGGCUCGGCGCUGGCGGCGCGGCUGGCGCUGCUGGCCGCGUGGGCCGAGCGCCAGGGGCUCGAGCUGCCGGCCGACUGCCAUCUCGCGCGCACGCACCAAGCCGCACGCCUAAUCAGCGGCACGUACCGAACGGCGGAAGAAGUGCGCGCGGCGCUAGCGGCGUGCUUCAAGCUGAACUCGGUGCAAGUGCGCGCGUUGCUGACGCCGCUCGCGCCGCCCGACGUCGUGGACGCCGCCGCGCACCACGCGCGCGCGCUCGCCGAUGAGCUGUGCCGCGCUGACGGACGCGAGAUAACACUAGAAGAGAGCUCGUGGCUGGGCGUGGGGCUGCUGAUCCCGGGCGACGGGUUCAGCGCGGAGGUGGUGCGCGGCGUGCCGCCCGGGCUGGCGGAGUUCGUGGCGCCGCUGCAGCGCGGCGCGCUGUGCCGCCUCGCGCACCAGCCGCACGCGCGCGGCGUGUGGACCGUGUACAUGGCCGGCUACGGCGCUAUCACCAGGCGCCCGCCCGAUCCCGCCGUGCACAUCAUACAGCUCAACAAGAACUCCAAUGGAAUGGGGCUCAGCAUCGUUGCUGCUAAGGGCGCGGGGCAGAGCAAGCUGGGCAUCUACAUCAAGUCCGUGGUGCCGGGCGGCGCGGCGGCGGCGGACGCGCGCCUGGCGGCCGGCGACCAGCUGCUCUCCGUGGACGGACAGUCGCUCGUCGGCAUCACGCAGGAGAAGGCGGCCGAGUACCUGGUGCGCACGGGCCCGACGGUCACGCUGGAGGUGGCCAAGCAGGGCGCCGUGCUGCACGGGUUAGCGACGCUACUGCACCAGCCCGCCUACAACAACAAGCAGGGAUAUCGGCGUCAGUGUCACGACCGAUGUCACCCGCUCAGGGACGAGUCCACAGAGUCCAGCACCUCGGAGAGCGAGGAGUGCGUCCCGCACUACCACGGCUCCAUCCCGCGCCUCAUCAUCACGCUCGACCGCGAGAACAACCAGCUGCGCGACGACCUCUCUCCCGACACGCCCGGCUGCCCGCUCGAGCUCAAGGGCCCGCCGCCGCCGCGGCCCAUCCCCAUAUUCACGUUCACGUGCGAGGACUUCGACGAGCAGCGGCCCGCCAGCGACUCCACCUACGACAGCCACGUGCCCGAGCCGGUGCCGCCUCCCGCGCCCGCGCCCGCGCCCGCAGAGAUGCCGCCGCAGAUGCGGCCCAUCGACACGCGCCUCACGCUCGAGCUGUUCCGCGACGAGCGGCCCGCCUUCCGCCGCCGCUGCACCGUGCCCGACGAGUGCGUCAGUGCGUGCGAGUGCUGCCGCGUGCCGCAGCCGGAGGCGCCGCAGAUCCCCUACAUCGACGAGCCCGCCUUCGAGCCGUUCAUCUUCGAGGAGGCGCGCGUCGCCACCCCCAAGACGCGCCGCAUCCUGCCGUCCGUGUCGCUCGACCGGCCCGACGACAAGCCGGAGACGGCCGACGCCGUCUGCCAGACUCCCUCCUUCCCCAUGGACGUCGACGAGAAAGAUCUCCCCGCACCCCGCACCCCGCAGAGCAGAAAGCUCGAGCUCAAGUUAGACGUUAGUAAGGAUGCCGACAAAAUAGACGAUAUACAUUGUAGGUUAAGAAGAGCGUUGUUCACUAUGUCGAAGUCGUAUUCUAGUAAAUCCGAGGGCGCCGCGGAACCUUCCAAUUCUACGUCGGAAUCGUUCGACGAUACGAUAAACCAUAAAAAUAUAUUCGGGAGAAAGAAUUAUCCGACUCCGGUGGAGGCGGGGGCGAAGCAGGUUCUGGAUAGCGUCGAUCGUAAGUCGUGGAAGUCGCCCGACGAGUACCGCCCCGCCUUCGGUAGAGUUAAAGCUCUCACGAAACGUUUCAACGACAUCAACCUCCGAUACUGUGUCAAAAACUACAAGAGAAACUGCCAAUCGAGUCCUAAUCUUAGUUGUCAGACCGAGAAAACUUUUAAAUCGAAAGAAAAUUUACCCGCUAGCUCUAGUUUAGUCGAUAUACAGUACGAGUCGUUGAUAACGGACACCAGCGAAACGAAAGGGGAGAAGAUGUCGGAGGACGAGGUGAAGAGCAUCCUGAUCCAGCUGGAGGACUGGUCGCGGUACGGCUCGCGCGGCAGCGAGGACACGCUCGCGCAGGGCAACGAGUUCGAGCUGCCCAACCUGCCCUCCGAGGACCACUCCGACAACCACGCCUACGUCUUCAACGAGAUCAUACACAACAAACCGAAACUCAUCACGCUAGAGAACAUAAGACUGAAAUCUAACCAAUCGAGCCUCAACUCGGACACGAGACAGAGCAAAGAAUCGCUCAAAAGUAGCGCCGAAUCGAGUUCGAAAGCGGCCGUCGUCGAGGAUGUGACGCAAAAGAGCUCCUUUUCGCUUUUGGACGUAUCUUCGGGCUCGUCUCCUAGCGCGUCGUGCUCGGCGGUGGCGCAGAGCUGGCCCAACCUCAGCGGCGGCAGCGCGCGCGGGCGCACCGCGCUGGCCGCGCCCGCGCGCCGCAGCUGCCCCGCCACCGCCGCCGCGCCCCCGUGUCCACUGGGCGCGGCGCGGCGCGCGUCCGAGCGCGACCUGCCGGCGCGGCUGGCGGCCGAGCCCGUCAAGCCCAGCAAGAGCACGCCCGCGCUGCACCACGCCGACGCGCCCGCCGACACCAUGCCGCCGCUGCCCGCCAGUGUGAACAUGCACCCGGUCAGCGCCAGCGUGGCCAACGUGAACCAAGUGGGCGCGAGCGGCGCGGCCGCGAGCGCGUGGGCCGGCAAGUCGCGCAGCAGCCACAACCUGGCGCAGCCGCAAGACGGCUUCUACCAGAACCUGCCCGCGCACCAGCACCACAACCUGCACGACCGAUGGUCAUCGUUACGCAGCUCGACGGGCAGCAACCGGCCGCAGUCGGCGCACUACGCGCCCGCGCCUCUAGAGACGUCGCCCGAUUCGCCUCAACAACAUCAACAAAACCAAAUGAACGCCAUAAGCGCCCGGUCAGCCAAGCUCGCGGAAAUGUCGGAGGAAGUGACGCGGAGACAGCAGAUGCAGUACCAACUAGCGCAGCAGAAGGCCGCCACCCUCCCCGCGCACCACAACAUGAUGAGCCCGCACCACCACUACCCCAACCAGCUCAACAUACACCCCAACAUGCAACCACCAAUGUCGCCCAACAUGCAGCAACCAAUGUCACCCAACAUGCAGUCGCCUAUGUCGCCAAACAUGCAACAGAGCAUGCAGGCGAUGCAGCAGAACAUGCAACCCCCAAUGUCACCAAACAUGCAACAAGCAAUGUCACCAAACAUGCAGCCGCCCAUGUCUCCUAACAUGCAACAGAGCAUGCAGGCGAUGCAGCUGAACAUGCAGGCGAACAUGCAAGGCAUGCAAGGGAACAUGCAGGGCAUGCAAGGGAACUUGCACCAGCAACAUCAACACAUGCAGAGCCCGCCGCCCCAGCAGCUCUACCACAACCAGCAUCAGCCACAGCAAAGGUACGAGUGGCACCCGCCGGGGCCGCCGUCGCCGCAGCGCGCGCAGCCGCCAGUAGCGCCCAAACCGCAGGGAGUGAGACGACCAGAGUCAGAAUUAGAAGAGCAAUAUCACCAGCACAAUCAGCAACCGCAGCAGAGUACGAUACAACCCGAUGAUGAACGAUACGUGGCGUCAGCGCUGGAGCCGCCGCCGGGUCCCGCGGGCCCGUACCAGGCGCGCGGCCCGAGCCGACCUGGCGCACCGGCAGCGGACAACCCCUGGCAGCGCGAGGAGCGCGAGCGCCAGCAGGAGCAGCGCCGCGCACAAGCCAGGACGAGACGGGACGCAGCGAUAGCAUCACUGCUAGCCAUCGGCUCAGCGCGAACACCGGCCCAGAACCAGCAGCUCCGCGCGCUGCAACUCGAACGCGAGUUCGAGCGGCGCGCCACGCAGCACGCCGAGGACGGCGCCGCGGAUGCCGUGGAGUCGGAUCCCGAGCCCGAGCAGCCCGAGCGCGCGCCCGCGCCGCCCGCGCCGCCCAAGUCCAUCCUCAAGACCAACAACACACCCCGCACGGACCAUACCAACGGAUACGCGCACGAUACGAGCGGCGCAACACCGGGCGCCGCCGAGGCUGCGGAAGCGCUGGGCGCGCUGGCGCUGGCGCCGCCGCCGCCGGAGCGCGGCUCGUCGUUCGCCGUCAUGGCCACGCGCGCGCGCGCGCUCUCGCCGCCGCACCACGCGCCGCAGCCGCACCAACCGCCGCCGCACCAACACACGCCACAGUACGUAGUCAUAACCCGACCUCCCCGCCGGGCGGCGGGCGCGACAAGCGCGUGUCGUUCCACGAGCGCGCGGCGCCCGCAGCCGCGCCCCCGCUCCCCCCGCGCCCCCGCCUCCUCGCCGCCGCCGCUGCACGACGCGCCGCCCCACGAGGACCCUGACCGCUUCAUCGAGGAAGCGGAGAGCAUGCUAGCGGGUGGACUGUCGCCCAGCACGCCCACGACCGCGUCCGUGCACACGCCCGGCGUCAUCGGCGCGCAGGAGGUCUACAGAGACCCGCGGCAGCGACGACUAGCGGAGAAGCAGGCGGCCACGAGCGCGGCGCCCGUGCCCGAGCAGCUCUCCUUCAAGGAGAAGAUGAAGAUGUUCGCGCUCGAGGCCGGCGACCCCAACACGCCCAAGGACAAGGUGAAGAUCUCGCGCGCGCAGCGGGACAUCGACGCCGUGCACUGAGCCGCCGCCACACGCCCGCCGACAGGACCGUACUCAACUCACCACACCUACUAACAUAUACAGUAUUAACCUGGCUACACGACUUUAUUAUCGACACUUACUAAUAUUGGCACAUUCACUCACUUUCAACUAUAAAGACUAACCUAAUUCGCGUGCCAAUAUUAGACCUCGAAAGUGUCAAUAUCUAAGUAAUGUACCCCGCUCAGAGUGCAGCGUCUCGACAGCUUGUCCCGAGCAUUCCAGAGCUUUUACCGAUCGUGGUCUCCGACCCUGAGGCAUCUACGUUUUAUUGUACCCCUAUUUUAUAGUAUACUGCGUUUACCCCGGGAGACCACGACUUGCCUUUAUCACGUGCAGCACCAAUUUACAUGUAGAUUGAUAAGUAUCUUUUUACAAACGAAUAUAUUUUUAUGAUGAUAAUAAAUUUUGAUUGUUGUUUACAUACGUCGCCUUAGCAGCUAGUGCAAUGAUUAUUUAUAUAUCUACAUAGACUUGUACCAGAUAUUGUUAUAUUAAAUGCGAUUCCCACUUGCAGGCCACAUCAGCACCAUUAAAAGUCAUAUUACCAAUAUAAAUAAAUGACUAUUCAUUUAUUUAUAUUGGUAAUAUGACUGGCACUGUCGUGCCUGACUAUUUUCAUUAUCCUAACUGCAUGUUAUAUGAUUUCUAUUCAAUAUUAUAAAUUUUACCGAUUCUAAAUUUGGCAACUGUGUUGCUGUGGUCUGGUGAGUUCAAUAUAUUUGGUUGAAAUCCAGGUCGACCUAUAUUUUGAUCAUGCACUCUUGUGAAUUUGUGGCACAUUAAAAUGAUGUCAAUUUCUGGAUUCAAAAUUUACUGGUGCCAUUAUAUUAUGUGAUCGAUUGUAACAUAGAAUGUAAUUCUCGGGUGGACCAAUGUUCAGUGUCGAGGUCAGAAGGUGCCUUUACGUGGACCUUAAUGAGCUACAUAAGUCUCUUAUAUUAUAUCGGCUCCGCUGUCUAUUUUUAUUCAAUAUAUCUCUACCUACGCUACGAUUAAAGCUUCGUCACAUUCCAAAGAAUAUGUAUCUUAUUCUUUUAUUACUUUAAGAAUCAUUCCUUAUAAAUCUUUCUAAAAUAUAAUCAUUGUACAUGUAUGUAACACUAUAUCUUAUACAUUUCAUAUCAAUAUCAUAUAAUGUAACUUAUUCGAGUCUUCUAGUAUUCGAAUCUUACAAAGUUGAUCCAGUAUGUACUUUAUUAUAAAGCAAUAAAUUAUUGUAAAGCCUUGUGUAUAUACUUAAAUAAGAGUAAGCACAUGUUUGUGCCAAAAUUUAAUACUUAUGUGACAAAAUGAAAGGACGAGUCUGUAAACACUUAACAGCUGAAGUGUAGUCGUCCGUCACAAGCGGUUCGCUGGUCACAAGCUGGCGGGUAACUUUAAACUAUUUCUAGAUGUCCUUUAAUAAAAAAAAUCAUGGCACCAAUUUAUGAUGUACUAGUUAUGUAAAUAUAUUGUAGGUAGGAAAGUCCCUAUGGUUACGUUAAGGUUUUUGUACACCUGUUUGUAUAUGUAAAUGUUUAUUUAUAGAUGAUUAUAUAGAGAGUUUACAUAUGAAAUGAAGACGCGAGGCCUAUUGGAGUUAGAAUUAAUUUAGUUCCUGGGAUCCGUUUACAGUGUUCUCAGUAUUCACCCAACGAUAGUCAAUUAGCAAGAGAUUGAGAUUUAUUUGUAGAGGAGGUUAUGUUUGUAGUUGUACAUACGACACUCGAACAAGUAGACUACGACAGCUCCGAUCUAUAAUUUGUAAGGUUUUAAAAUGGAAUAAUUAUUACACAAAUCCAUUAUAUUGUUAUUAACCGUAAUUAUUAUACUUCAUCUACUUGAGAAAGUAAUAAAAUUAAAUAACAUGUAA